GGGGGGGGGGGGGGGGGGGGGGGGGGGGGGGGGGGGGGGGGGGGGGGGGGGGGGGGGGGGGGGGGGGGGGGGGGGGGGGGGGGGGGGGUUGGGGGGGGGGGGGGGGGCGGGGGGGGGGGGGGGGGUGGUUUUGGGGGGGGGGGGGGGGGGGGGGGGGGGGGGGGGGGUGGUAGGGGGGGGGGGGGGGGGGGGGGGGGGGGGGGGGGGGGGGGGGGGGGGGGGGGGGGGGGGGGGGGGGGGGGGGGGGGGGGGGGGGGGGGGGGGGGGGGGGGGGGGGGGGGGGGGGGGGGGGGGGGGGGGGAGGGGGGGGGAGGCGGGGGGGGGGGGGGGGGGGGGGGGGGGGGGGGGGGGGGGGGGGGGGGGGGGGGGGGGGGGGGGGGGGGGGGGGGGGGGGGGGGGGGGGGGGGGGGGGGGGGGGGGGGGGGGGGGGGGGGGGGGGGGGGGGGGGGGGGGGGGGGGGGGGGGGGGGGGGGGGGGGGGGGGGGGGGGGGGGGGGGGGGGGGGGGGGGGGGGGGGGGGGGGGGGGGGGGGGGGGGG